AUGCUGCAGGAGAGGCGGACAGUGUGUCAACAACUUAAAAAUAACAAUUCAAGCGACAAUGGCAGCACCACCACCACCACCACCACCACGGAUAAAGCAAAGGCCAGCCCCACAGUUACAACUGCAGCCCUAGACAACACCACAAAUACAACCGCAACCCCAGAAAGCACCAUAGCUAGCAGUACAGGCCAAGCCGAGAGCACCACAGCUUCAACCACUGCUACCGACAAUGGUGGAAACUCGACUGCGACCUCCGGUGCUUCGGCUUUGCUGAUAGUCCAGUGUGGCCUAUUUUCCCUUCCUCUUGCUUUGCUCUCCAAAUUUUAA